GUAUGCUGUCGGCAAAGGAAAACUAAGGCGCCUGUUGCGCAGAAUAAGUUUGGCUAGCAUUGGAGAGGUUGUAGAAUUGGGAGCGUCUUAGAUGGUAUCUGUGACUCUCUUGUGCAAAGAGAUAAGAAAAAGUGAAGCGGACGAUGCAAUCAUUAUCUCGAGUAAAAUGGCAUGCAAUCUAGUAACGUCGAGCAAUGGUACUUGUUCCGUUACCUCCGACUUUGAAGGGAAGUCUUUCUCCAUAGAUCCUUCAUACAAACCGAAGAAGUUAAAGACAAGCGACACAGAACUGAAGAGCAUUGAUCUCGACUACAAACAUGAAUCGAGAGUUCUGGCCCUGUACACAGGUGGAACGAUUGGCAUGUGUAUUCAUGAUGGAGUUUAUACCCCAGAACCAAACUUUCUUGUCAGUGAGUUAAGAAAAUUAUCAAUAUUCCAUGACCAGGAGUACUUAGUUAAACACAGUAUAUGUGAUGGAGGUCAAACACCAACCCCAUGGAUGCAGUCACCAUUGUGUAUGCCUUUAAGCAAGGAAAAGAAAAAUGUAGUAUAUUGUGUGUAUGAGUAUGAGCCCCUGCUGGAUUCCUCCAAUAUGACCAUGGAUGACUGGGCUAGGAUUGCCUCAGACAUUAAGACUUACUAUGAGGAUUUUGAUGGGUUUGUUAUACUUCAUGGGACAGAUACUAUGGCCUACACAGCCUCAGCUUUGUCUUUCAUGUUUGAGAACCUGGGAAAACCUAUCAUUCUUACUGGCUCACAGAUUCCUAUCUUUGAGACUCGUAGUGACGGCAGGGAUAAUCUUCUUGGUGCUCUCAUUAUGGCUGGAAACUACUGCAUUCCAGAGGUAAUGAUAUUUUUCAACAAUAAGCUUCUUAGAGGAAACCGUUCAACCAAAUUUGAUAGUAGCAGUUUUGAUGCAUUCCAUUCCCCAAACUUUCCUCCCCUUGCUGUUUUAGAGACUAAGAUUCAUGUGGAUUGGGAUGAGAUUUUUACAAGCAACACCACUCAAAAAUGUACCCUGCAUACAAACCUUUGUCCUAGUGUGGGAUUACUCCGUCUUUUCCCCAGCAUCACCACCGCUACGGUUCGCCAGUUUUUGGCACCUCCACUCAAGGGAAUGGUCCUGGAAUCCUACGGGGCUGGAAAUGCUCCAGAUUCCAGAAAGGACUUAAUGCAAGUGUUCUCAGAGGCCACGGAAAGAGGAGUGCUGCUGCUUAACAUCACCCAGUGUCACAGAGGCUCUGUUAACCCAAGUUAUGCCACAGGAAAGGCUUUGAUUGAUGCAGGCGUGAUCCCAGGCUCCGACAUGACACCUGAGGCAGCACUGACCAAGCUGGCCUUUGUAAUAGGAAGAGAAGACUGGAGUUUAGAGCACAAGAGGAAGAAGUUAUCCCAGAACAUCCGUGGUGAAUUGAAAACUGCAAGGACAGAGAGCUUGGUGUCAGAUUUCAAACUUAUCGACAGUUUAGGCAAGCUGAUGAAAAUUAGCUCCAAAGAAGAAAUGCAAACACUGAAGGAUGCCAUAUUUCCAUCAUUGAUGUGCACUGCAGCCCAAAAUGGUGAUCUGGCCGUACUCCAAAAAAUUAGAGAAGGGGGAGGUCACAUAGGCAUGGUGGACUACAGUGGCAGGAGUCCUCUUCACAUUGCCUGUGGGAAAGGUCACUUCCACAUUGUCCAGUAUCUGCUACAGCAUGGCGCUCCUCUCCAUGUUAGGGACAACAAUGGACGGUCACCUUUGUACGAUGCAGUCAAGUUGAAACAUCUUGAUAUUGUUCGCCUGCUGGUUCAGACUGGAGCUCAUUUGGUUCUACCCCCAUAUAAAUUGGGCUCAGAGUUAUGCCUGUCUGCAGCUCAAGAUGAUGUGGAUUCCCUCAAAGCUUGGGCUUUAUCUGGUGCUAAUCUAAGUCAGGGCGACUACGACGGAAGAACUGCACUACAUGUUGCAGCUUCUCAUGGACAUCAAGAUUCAGUGGAGUUUCUGUUAGAACAAGGGGUAAGUGUCACAGCAGAAGAUAGGUUUGGAUAUACUCCACUCAAGGAGGCAACUGCUAAAGGACACAGAGAAAUCUCCAAGCUGAUCCUGGACGCUGUGAAGCCCACUGUUAGCAGAAGCACUUCCACCGACACUUAACUUAUUUAUUGUCCUGUAUGAAUGUAAUAUAAAAUAUGAAAACACCUGAUUGUGUGCUGCAUUUUAAUAAUGCUAAUUAUUUGCACUGUUUUGGUAUUUUGACUAUUUGAUGAAAGAAGAUAUUGUGCUGUAAGAUUACUAGUCCUAAGAGGCUUUUUUUCUUAUCUUAUAAAUGUUUAAGGUACAUUGCCUGUUUUAGAGUUUCCCAUAGUCAUACUUACUAUGUCUGCAAAUCCUGCAGAGCUACUGUUAUUUCACAAUUCAGACCUAAAAAAAUUAAAUAUAUGGGAAAUCACAGUCUUCUAAAUGAGUGGCCAUUCAUUUAGAACUAUAACAAUUAUCAAAAUAGAAUAUAAAACCCAAGUGCAGGAGCAACUAAACAAUGAUUCUGAAGUAGGACAAAAAGCACAUAUGUACAUAAUUUCUAUUAUUAGUGUGUAGCAUCUUUUUACAAAUACCAGGUAUUUUUACCAUACCAAAUAAUUCCAGUAUGAUAAUUAUCAGUGCACGUCGACAUACCUCAAACCAUUUCAGUUCCAUUUUUAAAUCUUUUUGCAAAUUAUAUGUUGAUGUAUGAACAUAACAGAGUAUCUUUUAUUUAAUUUGACCUUCUGGAGGUACGUGUAUAUCGUUUUAUUCCUUAUUAUAUGAAGGUGUUUUUUAGUACGAAUCUCAGAUUUUCUUAGGGGAAGUUAUUAGUUGCCAUAAAGUGUCACAAAAAUCCUGUUUAUACUUUACAAGGUUAAUUCUUAGGUUUUCUCAUUCAGGUAUUAGUAUUCCCCUUUCAUUAAAACAAUUGUAAGGCUUUUUUGUAGGAUAGGUACAUUAAAGCUGAAUGUGUGCAAUAUACCAAUUAUCAAAGCUUUUUUGUUUAACCUUUUUUCACAUUAUAAUUUGUUUCAUCUUCAUUCCAGGAAA